AUGACACCAGAAACUGAGUUGGCAAGAGCUUUUGUUGCUGAGCGGUUUGUGCUAGAUGUGGAAGAUGUACACGUCCCUGUUAUCGGUGGUCACUGCAGCUUAACCGCUCUGCCACUUUUCUCCAAAACGAGACCCCAUGUCAUCUUAUACAAGGACGACAUCAUAUUGUGGACCUCUGAGAUCACGCACGCCAUAAGUAAUAGCAGUGAACAUCUUGACUACUUUGCAGGCAAUCCAGAUCGUGAGUACUUUGAAGCUAAAGGGGCAGAACGUUUUGUCUUGUCGUUGCUCCGUGCACUUGCUGGAGCUGAUGGCAUGUUUCAAUGCUGUUUUGUGGAAUCCACCAUGUUUGAGGACAUUCCUUUCUUUGGAUCAACUGUGAAGCUCGGGAAGAAAGGAGUGGAAGCUUUCAUUGAGACUGAUUUGGAAGGACUCACAAAGUAUGAGGCUGAGUGUUUGAAGUAUCUCAAAGAAGAUCUCAUUGAAGACAUUGAGAAAGGAGUUGAGUUUGCAAAGAGAACCUUGGACGCUUAG